GGGGAGGGAGAGAGCAAGAGGGGCAGAGGGAGAUAGAGAGAGAGAGAGAGAGCCAGAGGUAGAGUGAGUAUAGUGAGUGUGGGUUCUGCACUCUCAGUGCUGAACUGCUGUUCGUUUCUGCCGGAGGUGUGUGUGAGUGCGUGUGAGAGUGUGUGUGAUGUAGCUGCACUCUCGUCAGAGCGUCUGAUCGAGCAAAGUGUCUGUGAAACCCUGACAGAGGAGAGGGAUGGACAGAAGAAUGGUGGUAGGAAGAGGAGUGCUGAAGAAGAGCAGAUACAUCGUUCCUUGCUUUCUGUUAGUGGAGUUGGUGAUCAUGGCUGGGACAGUUCUGUUGGCGUAUUAUUUUGAGUACACCGAUACGUUCCCCGUCCACAUCCAGGGGUUCUUCUGCUACGAUAAAGCGUUCUCCAAACCGUACCCCGGCCCCGAGGACUCCAGCAGAGCACCACCUGUACUCGUCUACUCACUCGUGACCGCCAUCCCCACCAUCACGAUCCUGAUCGGAGAGUUGGCAUUGUUUUUCUCAAAGCCUGAGGCCUUGCAGGAGAAAACCAUUGUAACUGCGGAUUGCUGCUACUUUAACCCUCUGCUGCGCCGCAUUGUACGCUUUCUGGGGGUGUACUCCUUCGGUCUCUUCACCACCACCAUCUUUGCCAACGCAGGGCAGGUGGUAACAGGGAACCAGGCACCCCAUUUCCUGUCUGCAUGUCGUCCGAACUAUACGGCGCUGGGCUGCCACUCCCCAUUGCAGUACAUCUCAGAGCGGCGGGCGUGCACAGGAAACCCCUACAUCAUCGCCUCUGCCCGAAAAUCCUUCCCAUCCAAAGACGCUGCACUCAGCACCUACUGCGCCAUCUAUACAGUGAUGUACGUCACUUUAGCGUGGAGGACUAAAGGCACACGCCUCAUGAAGCCCACCCUGUGCCUCACUCUGCUCUCAUUGGCUUUGCUGGUGGGUGUGGUCCGUGUAGCGGAGUAUCGAAACCAUUGGUCUGAUGUGCUGGCCGGUUACGCUACAGGGGGCGCUAUUGCUGCCUUUCUGGUAACUUGUGUUAUUAAUAACUUCCAGCAGACUCAGCCCCCAAUGCCACUGCCCAUUCGACCCCCCCGGCCUGAACCCUCCCUCAGCAUGCCCAUGGUGGCCAUGCCCAGUGUGGAGAGUCCACUAGAAAAGUUCCAGUCUCUCUCUACGCAGGGGUCACAUGACCAUCAGCCCUUCCUAGCCCCCGCCCCUCCCGAUGUCCUGAUCCACUCACGUCGAACCAUUUCCAGCGCAGUCUAGACCAGCCCUCCGAAUACCCCGCCCGCUCCUGCCCUGAGUACCGCCCCCUCAGAGGUUACUCCACACAGGUCUAGAUAUGCACUCUCA